AGUCGUGGGCGACGGCGGCGGUGCCUCGGACGGUUUCACGGCGCUGCUGGACCUCGUCUCCAAUGAACGGCACCAUGGCCGCGUCCUCCAACAGGAUCAUGCUGGGCCCCCUCGUAGCCGCUAUCGACCAAGGCACAAGCUCCACGCGUUUCUUGGUGUUUAAUGCUAAAACAGCAGAGCUGCUGAGCCACCAUCAAGUCGAGAUUCAGCAAAGUUUUCCUAAAGAGGGCUGGGUGGAAGAAGACCCAAAAGAGAUCCUCCAGUCCGUAUACGAGUGCAUGGACAGAACCUGCGAGAAACUGACUCAACUCAACAUUGACAUCUCCAAUAUCAAAGCCAUUGGUGUUACCAAUCAGCGAGAAACCACACUGGUCUGGGACAAGGAAACGGGCGAGCCACUUUAUAAUGCAAUUGUAUGGCUGGACCUGCGUACACAGUCCACUGUGGAGAGACUCAUUAACAAAACCCCAGGCAGGAACAAAAACCACCUGAAGCAUAAGACAGGCCUUCCCAUUAGCACUUAUUUCAGUGCAGUGAAGCUUCGCUGGCUAAUGGACAAUGUGGAAGAGGUGCAUAAGGCUGUCCUCUCGCACAGGGCCAUGUUUGGUACCGUUGACUCUUGGCUUAUAUGGUGCCUGACUGGGGGAAAGAAGGGAGGUGUCCAUUGUACAGAUGUGACCAAUGCUAGCAGAACGAUGCUCUUCAAUAUUCACACUAUGGAUUGGGAUCCAGAUCUCUGCAACUAUUUUGAUAUACCAAUGGAGAUUCUUCCAAAAGUGAGGAGUUCUUCAGAGAUCUACGGUUUAAUGAAAAUCAGUUCUAGUCUGAAAUCCGGUGCGCUCACUGGUGUUCCUAUAUCAGGGUGUCUGGGGGACCAAUCAGCUGCUCUUGUAGGACAGAUGUGUUUUCAAGAUGGCCAGGCCAAAAAUACUUAUGGGACAGGCUGUUUCCUCCUAAGAAACACAGGGACAAAGCCAGUGAUGUCAGACCAUGGCCUGUUAACAACAGUGGCGUACAAACUGGGUCGAGACAAGCCAGCCUGCUAUGCACUGGAGGGUUCGGUUGCCAUAGCCGGGGCAGUCGUGCGUUGGUUGAAAGAUAACCUUGGGAUUAUCCAGACUUCUACAGAGCUAGAGAAACUGGCUGCUGGUGUUGGCACGUCAUACGGUUGCUACUUUGUCCCUGCGUUUUCCGGACUGUAUGCCCCCUACUGGGAACCCAGCGCUAGAGGAAUCAUCUGUGGUCUGACUCAGUUCACGAACAAGAGUCACUUGGCCUUUGCUGCCCUUGAAGCAGUCUGCUUUCAGACACGAGAGAUCCUGGAUGCAAUGAAUCAGGACAGUGGGAUUCCUCUCAAUCAGCUGCAGGUUGAUGGAGGCAUGACCUCUAACAGGCUCCUCAUGCAGCUACAGGCAGAUAUACUCUGCAUUCCAGUAGUGAAGCCGUCCAUGCCAGAGACCACUGCUCUAGGAGCAGCUAUGGCAGCGGGAGCAGCAGAAGGGGUCAGUGUUUGGAGUCUGAGCCCUGACGACCUUACAGAGGUCACCUCAGAGAAAUUUGAACCCCAGAUCAACCCAGAGGAGAGUGAAUUCAGAUACGCUCGCUGGAAGAAGGCUGUCCAGAAAGCCAUGAACUGGGAGACCACAGAACCAAUCAUGAACGGAAAUGAGGAGUCUAGUAUCUUCAGUAGUGUUCCACUGGGCUUUUACAUUCUCGGUAGCAUGUUAAUGUUAAUUGGAGCAAAAUACAUUGCAGGCCACAAGUAGAUUUCCGGAAGCCUCUUCCGUAUUGGAGAAUAACAGAAAAUGACGGGGUCUUGGGCACGUCCUUCUUCAACUCAGACAAUGGUCCAGUGUCCGGCCACAAUGGCAUGCAGUUCCCCCACGGACAUUCCAGCUGUAACAACUAAGCUGCCAGACGAGUUUCCAGCAGCAGACACUUUCUCCCAACCUCAUUUGCCAAGGAAUAUCUGGCAAGCUAAGCACUUUUGAGGUUGUGAGAGUUACAAAUUGUGGAAUCGUAGUGUUGGGCACCUGCAAAGCAUUGUUGUUCUCUUCCUGCAUGACAGAGCUGUGGAUCCUCUUCUCUUCAUAGGUCCCCUGUUCAUUGUAAAUUCGUGCUUUGGCUGUAUUGUAAAUUCUACAGGACCAUCGAUGUUUCAUCAGCUUUUUAUUGUGCCACUUGGUCUUCACUGAAUAGCUUUCUGGUUGGAGGAAAACAGUAGUAAUCUUCUUGGUUUUCAUGGUGUGGUUCAGCUUUGGUCACCACUUGCAUUUCAAGGUGGCAACCAUUAGAGUAGGGCCUGACCGAUACACUGGCUGGCUGAAGAGGUAGAGGAAUAUAUAACACAAAAAAUAUAACAUUUUCACAGUGCAUAACAUGCUUUACAAUAUCCCAUUUAAAACACUAUAAUCAAACUAUUAACACAAUGUUUUAUGUACUGCACUGCACUAAAUCGAACUAAACCUGAUAAUGGCCUCUUUGUAAUGGAACAUGCAGUUGUUCGUUGUCCGUUAAGUACUGUUGAUAUCCACAGUAUGCUGAGAAAAGAACAUUGUGAUGUAAUUUAUCACUGUAAUGACUGAGGUCAUAUUGCCCGCCCCAGUUGACUAAUAACGUCUGCCGAUAUUAAGGUUCCACAGACUUGUUAGUAUUGGCAAUGUUUCUGCUGAUAAAGCACAGAUAAUUACUGUUUCUUCUUGUAUUAUAAAUGAACUUCUUACAUGACGGGAAUGGUCAGGUCACUUUUGCGGACUUAAUGGAUUAUUGCUCACAUGACUGUGACCAAACCAUCACGAGCCGUCUUUAUUGCAGCCUAACCUUUAGCAUGAGAAUAACUGUCCUCUAUGAAGAGAACUGAUGGAAAAAUAAGAGAACAUCAACAGAAACCAAAACUGCAAUUUUAGUUUCGGUAUCAGUCACAACAUUUUCUUAUCGGUUGGGCCCUACAUUUGCCAUUUUUCAUGACUCUGUCUGAGAAACAGCCCAAGAUUUUGGAGCACUUUACUAUGAGGUAUGUUGUGUAGUUUAUGUAUGCACUGUAGGCGACUGUGAAAGAUUUUUUUUUAAAGAAUUUUAUAUAACAGUUUUACCUACUGACAAAGCUGUGUAGUGAUGCUAACGAGAAAACUGUGCACAAGGGGGCCAUUAGAGUAACCUGACCCAAAUCACUGUGGAUCAUAAGGCAGAAAAAAGCCCUUCUGCACUGAUCUAGGACCAGCUGCCCCAGCUUAAUCAAGACCAUUUAUACAAAUAGCAGUAAAACUGUUCCCAGGUCAUGAGCCAGAUUCUGUCAACACUUUAACUGUCAAGAUGGCUCAUACUUUUGUUUUAAUGUAUAAACCAUGCUAGAGGAAGCAAAGACAAUGUACUGUUUUGGUAUUUUUGGUCAAUGUCAUCUACUUUCUGUAACAAGGUGCCAAGAACAAGUGCAGACACAAAGUACAGUUUUCUACCAGUCUACUAAUGAUAGCUUUAGUUUAGCAUUAUACAAGAUGGGAAACAUCAGUAAGGUUUGGGUUCAACUUUUAACACUGCACGCUGCAUUAAUUGGUAGGCUCAUAUUGUAAGUCCCAUGCUAUUUGUGCCUCUUGUACAUCCUUUUUUGCUGUUUUUUUGUUCAUUUUUUCAAAUUGCUAGCUCUGU